AUGGCUGUUUCGAUAUCUCAGCUUUCUUUCGAGCACCAUCGACAAGCUCUUGGCAUUGCCGAAUCAGAGCCUCGCAUCUCAUGGCGAUUCUCUGGCAAUGCCGUUGACUGGGAGCAGAGCGCCUACGAUCUGGAAAUUCUCAAGGGGUCAGAUCCCCCAACCAUCCACAACUUUAACUCGACUGAGUCUCUCCUUGUUCCAUGGCCAGCGGCAGCUCUAGAAUCGGCCGAGCAAGCUAGAGUACGAGCUCGGGCCCACGGUAGACCUGGCCAACUGUCUACGCCCUGGUCAGAUUGGGUCACGGUCGAGACCGGGCUCCUCAACUCUUCAGAUUGGGCCGGGGCUGUCCCCGUCGCUGCCGAAAGGGAGACUGAAGUUGAAGCUCCUAAACGUCCGGUCUAUUUCAGAAAACCAUUUCUUGUCAACGCCAAUGUCACUCGUGCACGGCUCUACAUUACCGCAUUGGGGCUUUACGAAGCAGAGAUCAAUGGCCGUCGGGUUGGUGAUUAUGUUCUUGCCCCCGGAUGGCAAUCAUAUAACUACCGGCAUGUGUACGAUACCUACGACGUCACGGAACUUAUUUCCAAUGGAGACAAUGCAAUUGGUGUUGCAGUCGGUGAGGGAUGGUUCUCUGGUAGACUCAGCUACGGUGGCGGUGUCAGAAACAAUUAUGGAGACACCAUCGGCCUUCUCAGUCUCCUAGUCGUCACUCUUGAAGAUGGCACCAAGAUUAUGGUGCCGAGCGACGCGACCUGGAAAGCUAACACUGGUCCACUUAUCACUUCCGAGAUUUAUAACGGCGAACAUUACGAUUCCACACUAGAGGCAGAGCUGGAGGGGUGGUCAUCUGCAGGAUUUGCCGCCGACGACUGGCUGGCGGUGCGAGAGUUACCCGCACUCAAAGGCGCUUUAGUCCCUCCCGAUGGACCUCCUGUCAGACGACUUGAAGAAAGAAAGCCCGAGUCCAUCUUCGCAUCUCCGUCUGGUAAGACGCUUAUCGACUUCGGGCAAAAUCUUGUGGGCUGGCUGAGACUUACGGUCUCUGGGCCUACCGGUACGAACAUCACUCUCCACCAUGCCGAAGUUCUCGAAGAUGGGGAGCUCGCUCUUAGACCACUUAGGAUUGCCACCGCGGCUGACUCUUUUAUCCUGCACGGUAACGGCACACAAACAUGGGAGCCACGUUUUACCUUCCAUGGUUUCCGUUAUGCUCAAGUCGAUGGUUGGCCACAGGAAACUCCUCUUACCGCUGACUCCGUCACUGCUGUUGUUGUCCACAGCGACAUGGAGCAAACCGGCUGGUUCGAAUGUUCCAAUCAGCUUCUCAACAAGUUCCAUCACAACGUGCGGUGGUCCAUGAAGGGGAACUUCUUAUCGAUCCCCACCGAUUGCCCGCAACGUGAUGAGCGACUUGGAUGGACUGGUGAUGCUCACGCCUUUGCUCCAACGGCCAACUACUUGUACAACGCUGCUGGUUUUUGGAGAGGCUGGCACAAAGACAUCUGGUCAGAAAUGCAGCGAAACAACUCAAUGGUGGUUCCAUUCACCAUUCCAACGAUCCCCCCUGGAGGUCCCGCUACUCCUGCCGCAGUCUGGGGAGAUGUAGCUGUCGCGAACCCCUUCAACAUUUACCAAGCAUUUGGUGAUGUCGAUCUUCUCGAAGAGCAAUACCUUCAGUCUCAAGCCUGGAUUGAUACGGGCAUCAGCCGUAACGACGUUGGGCUUUGGAACCGCAGCUCUUUCCAAUUUGCCGACUGGCUUGACCCCAAGGCCCCCUCAGAUGCCCCGGGGAACGCCACCACUGCGAAGCACCUGGUCGCCGAUGCGUAUUUGAUCCAUAUGACUGAUUUCCUCGCCAACAUGUCCGCAGCUUUGGGACGUGACGAAGCGGCCGACCAAUACCGAACUCAACGGAAGGAUCUUAUCUCAGCGUUUCACGACGCCUGGAUCCAGGAUGGUGUCCUCGCAAACCAGACUCAGACUGCGUACGCCAUGGCUCUCAACUUCGGUUUGUUCACUGAUGAAGAACAGCAAUCAGCUGCUGCCGAGAAGCUGCGACAGAUCGUUGCAGACAAUGACUACCUUGUUGGCACAGGCUUUGCGGGCACUCCGCCUCUCGGGUUUGCUCUCAGAGACAUUGGUGCCACUGAAGACUUCUAUCGCAUGCUUCUUCAGACUCGAGUGCCUUCUUGGCUGUAUCAGGUGGUUCAAAAUGGGACAACCACUUGGGAGAGAUGGGACAGUCUUCUCGCAAAUGGUAGCGUCAAUCCUGGCGAGAUGACCAGCUUCAACCACUACGCGUUUGGCUCCGUUGCCAACUGGAUGCAUCAAGUCAUUGGUGGUAUUGCUCCUGCGGAACCGGGCUGGAAGCGAAUCACUGUUGCCCCGAUUCCUGGCGGCAACAUUACCAGUGCUGAUUCGAAAUACAUUUCACCUUAUGGAGAAGUUAAGGUCCAAUGGUGGUUCGAAAAUAAUGAGGAAGAAAAUGCCGUGCAUCGUAAUGGAUUCCACAUGGUCGCCGAAAUCCCUCCUAACACAAAGGCUGACAUCACGAUGCCCAAUGGGGGGAAGUCAACUGAAGUGGGUUCUGGAUACUAUGAGUUCCAUGAUCCAAGUUAUGUUUUAGUUUGA